AUGGGGCAACUCUUCACCAGCUUGUGGAGCAUGUUUAAGGGCAACAAAUCCUACAAGCUGCUCAUCCUUGGCCUGAACAACGCCGGCAAGACAUCCAUCUUGUACUACCUGCAGCUGGGGCACGCCAUCGCCACCCAGCCCACCCUCGGCGGCAACACCGAAACGCUCACCAUCGCGCACCCGCAGACGAGCAACACCAUCGCCUUCACGUGCUGGGACUUGGGUGGACAGGAGCAGCUGCGAGAGUCGUGGAAACUUUAUUACGACCAUACGGACGCCAUCCUCUUCGUCGUCGACGCCGCUGACGCCGCGAAGUUCCCCAAGGCGAAAGCGGUUUUGCACCAGCUACUGCACAGGGAGCCAUCGCUGCAGCACACCACUCUUCUUGUGCUAGCAAACAAACAGGAUAUGGAGUCUGCGGCGACCCCAGCCGAGCUGAUCGAGUACUUGGAACUCGGGAUGCUGAAGGACCGAACGUGGACUCUCAUGGGCUGCAGCACCCUCACCGGCGAGUCACUGCGUGAGGCCAUGAACUGGAUCGCCGAGAACGUCUAG